AUGUCACUCCUCAUUCCCUAUGCCGCCUUUUCUAGUGUCACCGUGUCCUGGUCAUUCCGGUCUGGGCAGGAGGGAUUCGACAUUUACAAGUUCCCAUCUUUGUGUUUCUUUUUUUCCAUCUGUUAUUGUGUCUUUUCAUUUUGCAUCGUCUUCUCGUCAGAGCGCUCUGCCUCUACUCGACUCUUUUAA